AUGUCAAACACUGUUCCAAAGAAAAAAAAAGGUAGACCUCCCAAACAAGACAAUUCAUUGUUAGAUUCUUUCACAUCCUCAUUUCAAUCAAACUUUAAAUCUACUUUAAAUGACAACUAUAAUUCAUCUCAAACAAUGAAAUUCAAAAUUCCUACCACAGAGAAAGAUAAUAAUUCAAAAACCAUGGAUCUGCCUCAGUCUUGUCCUGUAUUAAAGUAUGAAUUUGUUGAAGAGGAGAUAGAUAAAUCAAAGGUUGAAAACUGUAUUACAAAUGAAGAAGUGGAUUCCUCGACAAGUAAUAGUAGUCAACUAAUUGGUAAAGACAUAAGUGCUAACUCUGCUGGUUCCAAUCCGAAAGUUUCAACUUUUUAUAAUUUUGGGGUAGAUGAAUUAAAGAAUAGAACCAUUAAACUGUUAUUGGGUGAAUUAUGUUAUAAUGAUAAGGAUGAUGGAUUAACUGAGGAAGAGAGUCUGAAAGAUAAUAAUGUUUCAUUAUAUAAAAAGGAUUUAGAUGAACAACUUCUGAUGAAAAUGUCUGCUUCAAUUAUUGAUGAAAAUUUAUUAAAUGCAAGUGUUGAAUUUAAUGCUGCUUAUCAUCCUUUAAUCAAACAAUUUUUAUCAUUAGAAGAAAUACAGGAAAAGAUCAAAGAGAGUCAUCCAAUCAUAGUGGCUAUACUAAAAAAUCCUCAAAUAGAUCAUGAAUUUAAUAAACAAGUCUUUAAUCCUGAAUAUUUAAAUAAAAAUUUUGAUGUAGAAAAGCACAAACUGUUUGAGCAUUUGUUAGAAGUGGAUGAUUUAGGGUCAAUUGAGGAUGAAGACAUACCUCUUUCUAUUCAAUUGAUGAUGAAAAGUAUUGACCCAGCAAGUCGUCUUAUGAAAUUCAUCAUACCUGAUUCUUUAGUAGAUAAUUUGGUAAAACCAAAACAUUAUUUCAAGUUUGAUAAAAGUGAAUUUAAUUCUUUCUUAGAAACGGUAUCAAGACAUCACAAUUGGAACUUAAGAGAUGAAAAACCCUACCUUUAUUACAAUUGUGAACGUAAAGGAUCUCCUCGUGAUACAUAUUCAAAGAAAAGUGAUACUUUAAGCCAAAGAGAAAUAAAUUCAAUAAAAUGUGGAUGUGAAGCCUCUAUAAAGGUAAAUAUUAUUGAUGGUAUCUAUCAUACUACUUACAACUAUGUGCAUAAUCAUCAUUUUUUCAAAAAAUCUAACAUUUUGUCAGAUAAAUUAAGAAUGCCCGUUAAAAAAUGGUUGGUUGAUUGUGCAGUCUCCGGAGCAUCAUGGAACAUGGUCCACAAUGUACUUCCAAACAAAAACUUUAAUACAUCAAUUAGUUUGUUGGACCAAGCAUUCAAAAUUAAAUAUUCUGAUUAUCAACGGGUUUGUAAUAAAUUGGGAAUUGAUUUGGGAAAAUUGGACACUGAUAUGAGGAGAAGUCUUUUGAAGUGGGAAGUAGAUGGAGAUUUAUCAAUUUUGAAGAAACAUGAUAAAGAAAACAUUUUAACUCCCUAUGUUACACUGCAUUCAAAAAAGAAAAGAAGAAUUAUGAAAACCACUGCCGAAUUCAAUGAGGAAGCUGAUUCAAACCAAGAUUGGGAGAUCAAUGAAAUUGACAAUUCACCAAGUGAAGCUCCAUGUGAAGACGGGGAUGAUCCAUAUUCUAGAAACUUGCAACAAGAAGCAAUCACAAAACAUAUCCACAUGAUUCAAUUACAAGCAGAACAUGUCUUGAAAAAUGGAACACAUGAUGAAAGAUUGUAUUUUGAGUCUUCAUUGAAGUCAUUUGCAUUUCAAAAUGAAAAAUUAGUCCAUCACAAGAGCAAGUCCAACAGACAAAAGAGGCAUUAUUUAAAUUAA